CCCAACGAGUACAACAAGAAAACCACGGCAAAAACGAGAGAAAAGAGGAAAACACAUCGCUGCGCUCGACCUAUUUUCUCAGGUAGUAGGCGAAAAAGCAAUAUUUUUGCGAAAACGAACGAAAAAAAUAGCUGCCUGACUGAGUAUAUCGCUUAUAGUACAUUUGAAUGAGCAUUAUCAACAUAUUCGAUAGCAAAUGUGCGCAAAAUGAAAGUAACAAUCAAGUCAUGGACGGGAGUUGCAUCUUGGCGUUGGAUAGCAAAUGAUGAGAACUGUGGCAUUUGUCGCAUGUCCUUCGAGAGCACUUGCCCCGAGUGUGCGCUGCCCGGUGACGAUUGCCCCCUGGUGUGGGGUGUCUGCUCCCAUUGCUUUCACAUGCAUUGCAUUGUCAAGUGGCUAAACUUGCAACCGUUGAACAAACAGUGUCCAAUGUGCCGCCAAAGUUGGAAAUUCAAUAUACAUUAAAAGCAAAAAUUAA